CCAAGCUCCCACUCUGCUCCCAUUGACUCAAAUCACACUUUUCCAUACUUCCAUAAUGAUACUAGAUCUGCAUAUUCUUUCAUAACAUCGAGCCACGAAACCCCCCGCCGCUCCAGCCCAGCCUAGCUGGCUCUUACCCGACUGUCAACGACGACGACCCUCCCUCCUCCCCUCAGCAACAAUGGCCGCAGUCAGCUCCCCCUCCCGACAACCCGCCGAGGAGACCUCGACCUCUCCCGUCAUCAAUGACAACCCAGCCAUCCAAAGUUACUACAAUUCCCUUGAAUCGCGGCUCGGUUACCGCUUCGUCCUCGGCGGCACGCGUCACUUCGCCUACUGGGACCACGACACCUACUUCCCUUUCCCCCUCGGCCCGCCGCUGCGGCGCAUGGAACAAAAGCUCCUCGAAGCCCUCGACCUCCCCGCCGGCGCCUGCGUGCUCGACGCCGGCUGCGGCGUCGGCCACGUGGCCCUCUACAUGGCCUCGCGCGGCGGCCUGCGCGUCCAGGCGAUCGACGUCGUCGACCACCACGUCGCCAAAGCCCAGCGCAACGUCCGCCGCGCCGCCCUGCCGCCCGGCCAGGUCUCCGUCCGCAAGAUGGAUUACCACCACCUCGAGACCAUCCCCGCGGCGUCCCUCGACGGCGUGUAUACCAUGGAGACCCUCGUGCACGCCACCGACCCGGAGGCCGUGCUGGCGGGGUUCCUCCGCGUGCUGAAGCCGGGCGGCCACGCCGCCUUCUUCGAGUACGACCACGACCUCGACGACGCCGCCCACGCCGGGAGCUGGAUGGCGAGCGAUAUGCGUCGCGUCAACGAGCUCGCCGCCAUGCCGGUCUACCAGAAGGCGCGGCCGGGGUACUUCAAAUCGCUGCUCGAGGACGCUGGUUUCGUGGACGUUGACGUCCGCGACUACUCUGCCAACGUACGGCCCAUGCUUCGGCUUUUCUACGUGUUGGCUAUCGUGCCGUACCUUCUCAUUCGCCUCUUCGGACUGCAGAAGUAUUUUGCGAACACCAUCGCUGGCGUCUUGGGUUAUGCGGCUGGUGAUCAUUGCCAUUACCUCGCCAUCAGUGCGAGGAAACCCGGCGAGCUCGAGGUGCAGAAACUAAAGUAGUGCACUCGUUAUGCCUUUUUCUUUUCCUUUUCCAUCCCUUGCCACUAGACUAGACCGUCCUACCCAUAAUUGUUCGUCCAGGAACACUGCUUGGCGAACCGGGUCUGAAAUCCGUCACAAGGCAAAAGAUCAGCCCGUCCCUUCAGAAGCCACCCAUCCCUCUAAAGAGCGUCUGGCUUUUUCGGUCAGAGAACCGCUCCGCCUUGCCAAUCUGACGACCUAAACAUAUGAUCCUUAUAAACACUUUCCCAGUGAGACCCGGGACUGCGAGCAGCACUUUUUUAAAAGACGCAGAAGGGGCCAUUGAUCCCCCGGUCGAUAUAUAAUAGGUAGAAGGGCCUUCAUCUUCCCAGGGCUGACCCUCCUAGCUAUAAAAUAAGGGUUAAUGAUCCAGUUACCUAGAUACUCCAUAGAGUAUUUCCUCUCUAACCUAAUACUUAUUAUACCAG